UGCAGUGUCUUCUGAUCAAUUAAACAUCUUCCCGCAACUGUUGGCAGACAAUCAACUCCAGCCUCAGGGGAGAAGAUGUCCCUGAAAGCCGCAACCAGCAACAUCACCAACAAAAACGAUCCCAAGUCCUUGAAUUCUCGAGUCUUUAUUGGUAACCUGAACACAGCAGUGGUAAAGAAGAGUGAUGUGGAAUCCAUCUUCUCAAAAUACGGCCGGGUGGUGGGAUGUUCGGUGCACAAAGGAUAUGCUUUUGUACAGUAUCUGAAUGAGAGGCAUGCAAGGGGAGCUGUUCUUGGGGAAAAUGGACGAGUAUUGGCUGGACAGACAUUGUAUAUCAACAUGGCUGGAGAACCAAAGCCGCACAGACCCAAAGGUUUGAAGAGAGCCACAGCUGCACUAUACAGCGGCUAUGAUUUUGACAUUGAUUACUACAGAAAUGAUUUCUAUGAGAGGCUGUUUGAAUAUCGAGGAAGAGUGUCACCGGCUCCUCGAGCAGUUCCUGUAAAGCGUCCACGUGUGACAGUCCCUCUUGUACGAAGGGUAAAGUCAGCUCUACCGGUCAAGCUACUCGCAAGAUCAGCAGCCAUCACAGGGAGUGCAGCCAAGUUAAGAUUAAGAAGCAAUGAGAUUCAGACCAUUAAGUCAGAGCUCACACAGAUCAAGACAAACAUUGAUGCUCUGCUGGGAAGGUUGGAGCAGAUCACAGACGAACAGAAGUCAUGUGCAGCCAUUACAUCAAGAAAGAAGUCUGACUGCAGCCGAAGUGAAUUCUCCCAGGACGACAGCACAUCAGAAGCCGGAGAUACAGCCACAGAUGAACCCCUAAAUGGAGACGAUGGAGAAGAUCUUGCACAGGAUGACUGCACGGAUGAUCUGGUAUGAAAUCUUCAUCACAGAGUGAUGUCUAGAGGGAUAUACCCUAUGGAUCUGUAAAAGGACUAUAAACUUGAAGGUUGCAAUUUGCCUCCACAGGACACCAGAGCGUCAAUUUUGCAGAUUUAAAAAUCACAAAUCAUUAUUUAUCAUUUUAUAA